CGGGAGGAGCGCCCCCCCGCGCGGGACAAGUACUCGGUGCUUCUGCCCACCUACAACGAGCGCGAGAACCUGCCGCUCAUCGUGUGGCUGCUGGUGAAAAGCUUCUCCGAGAGUGGAAUCAACUAUGAAAUUAUAAUCAUAGAUGAUGGAAGCCCAGAUGGAACAAGGGAUGUUGCUGAACAGUUGGAGAAGAUCUAUGGGCCAGACAGAAUUCUUCUAAGACCACGGGAGAAAAAGUUGGGACUAGGAACUGCCUAUAUUCAUGGAAUGAAACAUGCUUCAGGAAACUACAUAAUCAUUAUGGAUGCUGAUCUCUCACACCAUCCAAAAUUUAUUCCUGAAUUCAUUAGGAAGCAAAAGGAGGGUAAUUUUGACAUUGUCUCUGGAACUCGAUACAAAGGAAAUGGAGGUGUAUAUGGCUGGGAUUUGAAAAGAAAAAUAAUCAGCCGUGGGGCCAACUUUAUAACUCAGAUUUUGCUGAGACCAGGAGCAUCUGAUUUAACAGGAAGUUUCAGAUUGUACCGAAAAGAAGUUUUACAGAAAUUAAUAGAAAAAUGUGUUUCUAAAGGCUACGUUUUCCAGAUGGAGAUGAUUGUUCGAGCAAGACAGCUGAAUUAUACUAUCGGUGAGGUUCCAAUAUCAUUUGUGGACCGAGUUUAUGGUGAAUCCAAGUUGGGAGGAAAUGAAAUAGUCUCUUUCUUGAAAGGAUUAUUGACUCUUUUUGCUACGACAUAAAAGAAAGUUACUUAUUUAUACUUAUGUUCAUUUCAAUUUAAAAAUAAAAGAAGCCUGGUUGCUGACUUUUGUAAAAUGUACUCUUAGAGCAUAAAUAAUAAGGUAAGGUAAAUUUCAUGCAAAUCUUUUUCCUGAAGAAACUCCAAUUUAUACUUCAAAUUAAAUUAGAAAAAUGAGAAGUGUUCUCAGUUUUUGUUUACAUUUUGCUUUAUUAAGACAAAUAAAUGUGUAUGGUUUU